GUUCAGAAGCAGAGAAAAGGGCACAGAAAGGGAAAAAGAGCAGUCGCCAGGGAAAGAAACCAAGACCGAUUCCGUGUAGAAGGGAGAGGCCAGCUGUGCCCACACUGGCAGGUGCUCCAACAUCCGGGCAUCCAGGAGGAGCAGCAGGAUGGGGCAGAGGAGGUAAGGCAGCUGGGUACAUGAUGUAGUAAAAACGCAAAUGCUAUUUCAAGUUAUUUUCUUUGGGGACUAGUUAGAGAAGGACUCUUGCAUUUUAGGGAUGCAAGUUAUAGAGCAUGUCCCCUAGUGAGACUAAGUCUAGAUGUCAUAAGACGAGGUAAGAAAUAAUUAAUUUUAAGUUGUUUUGAUGUCUAUUAAGCUUUUUCCUUACUGGAAUUAGAUGUUUUAAAAUGUGCUAUUAGUCUUUGUUGCUAAUGGCAUGGCACCACGGACUGGGAGAAUUAAGGACGAUGUAGGUGUAUUGUGCCUUAUGGUUCUGGGACUCAAGGUGCAGUGACUGAACCUGUGAUGUCCUCCGUGCUGGCACGGUCCUGGGGUGGCAGAGAGAAGUUAAACAGCUUGGAGGAAGUCUCACAGCUGUCGAGCGGAGGAGUGCGUUGAGCUGGAGUUGUGAACGCCCACCCUUUGGCUGCAGAACCCGUGCCAGUCUGCGGAAAACCAAGCCAUCCGGCCCUGGCACGCCUGGACUCUGAGUCCGGUAGCGGCGGUGCGCACAGCUGACGGGAGUCUGGUCUUGCAGCAGACAUCUCUUCUCCCCAGGGUGUAGAGCAAUAAAGGCAGACCUGACAAUCCUACAACAAGGAGAAGGGGCUCACGCUCCACCGCAGGGGGGCGCCCCUGGCCGGCCGCUGAUAGGCGAUCGGUCCCCGCCACAGGGCCCGUCGCCUGCGAGAAGAUGUCGCUGUCCAGCGGGGAGCGCCCUGCGGGUCCAGGGACCCGCUUGUCCUGGCUGCUAUGCUGCAGCGCCCUGCUGUCUCCGGUCGCCGGCUACGUGAUCGUGAGCUCCGUGUCCUGGGCUGUCACCAACGAGGUAGACGAGGAGCUGGACAGCGCGUCCACUGAGGAGGCACUGCCCGCGCUGCUGGAGGACUCGGGCAGCAUCUGGCAGCAGAGCUUCCCGGCCUCGGCGCACAAGGAGGACACGCACCUGCGGCCUCGGGGCUCCGCCCGCGCCAGGCCCGCACCGGUCCCGCGUGGAAUGUUCUCCUACAGGCGGGAGAGCGGCUCAUCCGCAGCAUCCCCUGGACCCAGGGUGAGUGCCAGCACCGCCCGCUCCCUGGUCCACGCCAGUUCCUGGGGCUGUCUGGCCACCGCGUCCACCCAAGAAAAGAUCCAAGGCCUGCCCUUUGGGAGCUGCCUGGCCAUCAGCGAUGGCCCCGUCCACAACAGCACGGGGACUCCGUUCUUCUACAUGACAGCCAAGGACCCAGUGGUGGCUGACCUAGUGAAGAACCCCAUUGCCUCGUUGAUGUUGCCGGAAUCUGAAGGAGACUUUUGCAGAAAAAACAUCGUCGACCCAGAAGACCCCCGAUGUGCCCGGUUAACGCUCACUGGCCGGAUGAUCACAGUGCCACCAGGAGAGUUAGAAUUCGCCAAGCAGGCCAUGUUUUCAAGGCAUCCAGGGAUGAGAAAGUGGCCCCGCCAGUAUGAAUGGUUCUUCAUGAAGAUGUGGGUAGAACACAUCUGGCUUCAGAAGUGGUAUGGGGGUGUAGCCGACAUCCCAAGGGAGGAGUACUUCAAAGCAGCUCCCAGGAAGGCCUGACGGUAACACAAAAGUCCUGGGCUUUGCAUUAAAGUGAAGACCUUUGAAGUGAAGAAGCCAGACAGUCACUGACUGCUGUCUCUUUGUUGAAGGCCUAGCUGCCCUGUCAUCCUGCAGCAGAAUGGGAAAGGGUGAACAGGGAACCUUGGGCUAGACUUCAGAUUCACUGGAGUGGUCCUUUGUGGGUCCACCGUUCGUACGGGCACUUCACAUAGAAAGAUUUUGUUUAUCCUGCACUCAAUCCAGACACACCCAUUUGGAAAUCAUGGCUGUCCAAAGGGAAGUAGUGGUUGCUGUUCCUUUCUUUCAAAAAAAAAAAGCAAUGAUCGUAUGUACCACGUGAUUGCCUUAUAUCAUGAGAACAUCGUGUUACUUACUAUCCGAAAGCGAUGCUUUGAAUGGAAGCUCAUUGCAUUCAAAGAGCUGAAUGCGCACCACAUUGAGUUGCUGUGGGUUCAGGGCAAGGUGGAAGGUUUUCUGUCUGAAGGUCACUCACUAGAUGUCACAGAAUUGCCAAUGCAUUUUCUAGAACAUAUUGGUCACUUGGCGAGCCUUCCCUCCCCCCCCCUUGUAGUGUAGCAGGUGGAGGAAGAAGGUGCAGCUUUGCACGCACCCUGUUCUGGAUGAGCAGACCAUUAGCGAGAAUGGGGUAACCUUGGCAUAGUGUUUCCCAGCUCUCCACUGUUACUAUUUCCGGUAGAAAGUGCCCCUCUACCCUUCAUGAUAUGUGACAUCCAAAAUAAGAAGCGCCUCCUUCCACGUGAUGUAGUGAAGACAGGGGAGAGAGUCAAUCAAGAAAGCAAAGGCCAUGUGCAAGAGAAGGACCCCUCCUGGGGGUCUACUCACUGCCCAAUCCUGGGCCAGACCCUCAACAGAAGUUGCCUCACCCAGGAGGAUGUGUGUCCUUAGUGUUCCUUUCAGACAGGGAGGCUGAGGCUCAGAGAGGUCCAAUUGGUAUCCCCAGCGCAGAUUCCUGAAUUCACUGCACAUAAAGGAUGGGAUGCUACCUCCACGUUUUCCCGUUUUAAAAUGAAGGAGUUACUGACGCGCUCAGGUAGUCAUCCAGCUGGGAUCGUGAUAAUAAAGGAGAAUGACGACCUUGCUUGGAGGUCGCUUGUCAUUGCUGCAGGUGUCAGGAGUGCAGAGGUAGGGAGCACACUUUGAAGUUUUUCAACAAAUCAUUUACAAGAUUUUUUUUUACAACAAAUCAAAUUACAUUACUGGCAUUUAGAAGAUGCUAGACUGAAAUUGUGUGUUUACCUGAGGCCUGAUUGAACCGAAGCAUGCACCACCAAGGCCUGAAAGGAUCUAACAGUAUUCAUGCUUUCUAUCUUUCCAUAAAGGCUAGAAACUCUCUUUAGUGGAUCAGGUACGUUAUAUAACUUAAAAUUACAUCACUAAUGUAGAAAAUAUACACAUUAUUAAAACAAAGCAAUUUUGUUUAACAAAAUAAGACACAAACAGAGUUUCUGUUGCCAAAAUAUUUUGAAGUACUCCUUACUAGAAACCUAAUAAACUGCACAAUUUUUUUAUUUGACUCAAUCCAGCUCAUAAGAGUUCCCAACAAUCAUUAUUUUUAAUAUGUAGUCAUAGGGUAGCUUUGCUAAAGAUAUUUUAUAUUUCAAGUUUAAAAGUAUUGCUACUCCCAAUUUAGAAUAAGAUGGGGAAGGGUGCUGGAAGAGCAAGCAUGUGUUAAAGGUAUUCCAUAAAUCAAUCUCAAAUAACAAUCCCUGAAGUAUCACUGCUUCCCAGGCUGAAUUACUGAUAUUUGUUUGUUAGCCUGUAUGAUCAGGUUCCUUUUAUGGAUGGUGCUUCAAAGCUCUGAAGAGCAGGUUCCGCUUAGAAACACCAUAAAUCAAAACUACGAGAAAUGACAUCUGAAUAUACCAGACAGCAAGAACAAUAUUGAAAGCUCAUGGGCUCGAAACAAAAUUUACACUGAAUUGAAAUGUGUAGGGCUGAAUUAGAAGUUUUAGAAAUAGCAAUAAGGCGAGAAAAAUUGAAUGCAUACAAAGUGGAAAGAAAGAAAAAACACAUUCUUAUUUUCAAUGACAUGAUUAUCUACACAGAAAAUUGCAAAUAAUCCACUUUUUAAAAGUCAAUAAGCCAGGGUUGGAAGAUGGCUCAGAGGUUAAGAGUACUGGCUGCUCUUUCAGAGGUCCUGAGUUCAAUUCCCAGUGACCACAUGGUGGUUCACAACCUUCUAUAAAGAAAUCUGAUGUCCUCCUUUGGUGUGCAGGCAGAACAUUGUAUACAGAAUAAAUAAAUAAAAUUUUUGAAAAAAUAAAAUCAACAAGCCUGAAGGACACAGGAAGGUCUUAGGAUCCGUGACCAGCACACAAAAUUCAAUCCAAUUUCCACGUAUUAAAAAACAGACAAAAUUAAAAGCGUAGACAGUCCCUCCAAAGAAAGUUAAAUAUUUGGGGUAUAAAGUUAACAAAUUGUGUGUGGAAGCUAUAUGAUAAAAAAAUAUUUUUAGUGCUAACAAAAGUAAUCAAAGACUUAAACGAGUAAGAUGUUCACGGAUUAAAAGACACAAAACAGAGUUGAGAUCAAUUCUUCUUAACUGGGCUCUGGGUUGGGUUCAUUUCUAUGAAAGCCCCAGCAAAAUUUUAGUAAACAUAUGUAAGCUUACUAUAAAAGUUGUACUGCAGAAUAGGAGUAUAACUCAGCGGCAUAGCAUUUGCCUAGCAUGCUCAAAGCCCUGUUCAAUCCCAAGCACCAUACACGCACACAGACAGUUACAUGUUCCAAGGUGUGUAGUCUUUGAAAUAGUGUUUAAAAUUCUUUUAAAAAGAGGACAAGUAGGAGAAAUCUGUCGAACCAAUGGGAAGAUCUAUUGUAUAUCAAUACUAUUCAAGACAGUUUGCUUUUAAUAGCAUCAUGGACACAAAGAUCCAUGGGACAGAACAGAGAAUCUAGAAAUGUGAUGCAUUGAAUUUUUGUUUGUUUGUUUGUUUGUUUUAGACAGGGUUUCUCUGUAGCUUUGGAGACUGUCUUGGAACUAGCCCUUG